AUGGCCCCGGAUCUGAACAAGGUGCCGACCAACACAGGCAAUACGUCGAGCACGCAGCCGGCUUCAGGCUCGUUGUCACGUCAGACAUCGUCCCGUCAGGCAUCUACACCGGGCUCUAGGCGAGCAUCGCAGAUGGGCCCCCCGCCGCUGCCUCUCGCAUCGCCUGGCGGUACCCUACCACCGCCCCAGUCAGCAUCACAUCAUGUACAUGGCUUCCCGCCUCUCAGCCCCAGCGCGAGCGGCUACGUCCAGGCGAGCGUCGACUCAGCAGGCGUUCCGAUGAGACACCCACGUCCGAUGACACAAGCAGAGCUGCACCUGGAGCUCGAGAAGGAGCAGGAAGCCGUCGUCAACCGUCUGACGCGAGAACUCUCGGCUCUGCGCGCACACUCUGCGUCUGUGGCCUCCAACACGUCUAUGUCCAGCGCCGCCGACUCCUCCGUCGCACACGCUGAAGCUCCCACCGGACCUAUGCAUCCCACAUCCUCGCGCCGCCACCGCAGCUCCUCGAGCGUCUCCCGCAGCGGCCUACCACCAGGCCACGUUCCACACCGUUACUCCAUCUCGUCCCAGCCUGCGACGGGCGAUGCUGCCCAGCGCGACCACCGCAGCUCGAGCGUCGUCAGCACCCCACGCUACGAAGAGGUGGCACAACACAAGGCGGAGCUGGAGGAGGUCAAAAAGGAAAACGAGGCCUUGAAACAGCGCAUCCGUGAUCUGGAGCGCAUGAUCAGGGGCGGCAAUGACGCCGCUGACGGUCAGAGGGGUCGGAGGGGUGCACCGCAGUCGCAGAGCAGCGGGGUUGGCAAUGCUUCUGAUACUGUGCAAGCACCUGCUAAUGAGACAGCAGGGGUCCCCCAAUAA